AUGGCCGAGGAAGUUUCGGAAGAGCAGCUUAAGGCUCUCGCCAUCAAAGAAGAGGAGGAAGAAUCAAAAUACAAAGCUCCCGCUGAGAAAUCAAUCGCAGAACUGCAAAACCUUGAUACAGAUGAUGAAGCGCUCAAAAGAUACAAAGAACAACUUCUUGGAAACGUCGAUGGGGCGACAAGCGCUGAUGGCCGCCGAGUCGUCGUCAAAAAAAUACUUCUCAAUUCCAAGGAACUUGGCAGUCCGUUGACGAUGGAUCUUUCCGACACGACGAAGAAGCAGUCUUUUAAAAUUAAAGAGGGAGCCGAAUACACCAUCGGAAUCGAGUUCAAAGUUAGCAACGAGAUCGUCUCCGGGCUGCGAUACAGCCAGGUCGUCACGCGAAAAGGCAUCAAGGUUGAUAAGAUGAAUUUGAUGGUGGGAAGCUACGCGCCGCGAGCUGAUGACUACACUUUCACUACUGAUGCUGAUGAAGCACCUUCGGGAAUGCUGGCUCGAGGCACCUACAAGGUCCAGUCAAAAUUCAUCGACGACGAUAAAAAAGAACACGCCGCUUGGGAGUGGCAAUUCGAAAUCGCCAAAAAGUGGGAAUAA